GGACUCAAUUCCCUUUCUGUGUGGGGACAGUGCAUCAUCUGACCAGCAGUACCAGCCCAAAAAGCGACAGAGGACACUGGGACCAGGAGAACAACAGAGGCUAGCUACAGAGGUAUGUGAUACCAUCCUGAUUCAUACCAAGGAGCGGUUCUCCUUCACCCAGCACCUCGUCAGUGCAACAUUGCUGCAUGGAGAGAUGUUUCCACAACACAGUGUGAAGUUUCCUGAAUCAGCACUUGAAACAACAGUGGAGGCAUACCCCAUGCUGAACAAGGCCAAGCUCAAAACAGAACUGUCCCUCAUCUAUGAGAACUAUGAGUUUAAGGUUGGCAGUGGUGCAGUGCCUCUGUACCAGUUUUUCAUUAAGAACAAUCUUCAAAGUACUUUCACAGAGACUGUCAGUCUACUCAAGAUCAUAAUCACCACGCCUAUGACAACAGCAGAGUCAGAGAGGUGCUUUUCUACUUUGAAGAGGAUCAAGACUUUCCUAAGAAAUACAAUGACCCAGGAUCGCCUUAAUGCUCUGGCAAUGCUUUCUAUUGAGAAGAAACUUGUCAGAGACAUUCCUGACUUCAAUAAGAAAGUCAUUGAGAAGUUUGUCAAUCAGAAGGAGAGAAGAGCAAAAUUCCUGUACAAAUAA